CAUUUACUCCCAAUUUACUACUCUCUUCUCACCAAUUUUCCUUUACACCAACUACCAAAGAAUUUCCUUUCUGGUGUUGUUUAUAGUGGAGUAUUUUAUAAGUUUUAUUUACCCGUAAAACAAAAUUGCCUACUUUAACGGGAAUUAGCUAGUGCGUCUUAGUAAAUUCUUCUCUAAUUCCAUUAUUUUUCCUAAAUUCAAAUAAUAUAUGAUGUGCAUAUUUGUAUAGUAUAUAUACAUAGAUUCACAUGAUGUAUUUGGACAUGAGUGACGAUGUUCCUGUGCCUGUGCGAUUCUAAAUCUCAGAUUCCGUUUAUGUGACUAUUCUUUCAUUCGCUCUAGGGUCAUCGUCAUCUCGGAUUAACGGCGCAUCUAGCAAGAUGGGUGAUGUAGCUAAAGAUCUUACGGCUGGUACCAUUGGAGGGGCAGCACAAUUGAUAUGCGGACAUCCUUUUGACACCAUCAAAGUCAAGCUCCAAAGUCAGCCUGUUCCCCUUCCUGGACAGCUUCCGAAAUAUUCAGGUGCUAUAGAUGCUGUGAAGCAAACAUUAGCUGCUGAAGGUGCAGGGGGUUUGUACAAGGGCAUGGGAGCCCCUCUCGCUACUGUGGCAGCCCUUAACGCAGUGCUCUUCACAGUACGAGGUCAGUUGGAGGCAUUGCUGAGGUCUGAACCCGGUGCUCCUCUCACAGUGAACCAGCAGGUCCUUUGUGGGGCUGGAGCCGGAGUUGCUGUUUCCCUUCUCGCCUGCCCUACCGAGUUGAUCAAAUGCAGACUACAAGCCCAGAGUGCAUUAGCAACUACUGGCUCGGGAGCUACUGCUCUGAAGUAUAGUGGCCCAAUGGAUGUGGCGAGACGAGUCCUUCAGUCGGAAGGAGGCGCGAGGGGCUUGUUCAAGGGCUUAGUUCCAACGAUGGCACGAGAGAUACCAGGUAACGCUGCCAUGUUUGGAGUGUACGAGGCAUUGAAACAGUAUCUUGCUGGUGGGAGCGAUACCUCCGGUCUAGGAAGAGGCUCGCUGAUGCUGGCUGGAGGCCUAGCCGGAGGCGCGUUCUGGCUCGCUGUAUACCCAACGGAUGUUGUGAAGAGCAGUAUUCAGGUGGAUGACUACAAGAAUCCCAAGUUUUCGGGCACCGUUGAUGCAUUCAGAAAGAUCUUGAAGGCUGAAGGAGUUAAAGGCCUGUAUAAGGGGUUCGGGCCUGCGAUGGCCCGUAGCAUUCCUGCAAAUGCAGCAUGCUUCUUGGCGUAUGAAGUUACCAGGUCUAGUUUAGGAUGAAUUGAUUUGUUUUGCUGUUUUAGAGCUUCAGAUGUUUGUUGGUGAUCGAUAGUUACAAUUCUUGAGAGAGUUUUUCCCUCCAUUCUUUCGAAUCGAGAUGUCAAUAAUCUUGCGAAUUGUUCUGCUCCUUAGUUGCAAAUGUUGAGUUGGAGUAUUCAUGUUUUUAUGUUAUUUCAAAUCAGAUCAUUCAGUGUCA